ACGAGUCACAGCCACAGACCAUUCAACGCCAACAACCUUUCUUCAGUCAGUGUCUUUCAGUGAGCACAUUAGAAAGUUCGUUUCGUACUGUGAUUUAGCGAAGAUAACGUACCUUUAAGUACCUGACUACACAACUAAUUUAAUUUCUUUGAUUUAUGUCAAAGCGCGAACUAUUUAAUCAAAAUCAAUAAAAACGUCUGUGUCAUACAAAGAUCCACAGUAUAUGAAUUAAAUUGAAUUGAAAAAUCGAUCAUUAAUACAUGGCAAUACAAUACAAUAUGGCGAUGUUGUGAUAAAUUGACAGCUGUGUUUUGUCUUUGUGCGAACAAUUUGUGAUGUUUGUUUCCUACUAGGCCAUAUAGGAAUAAAUUUAACAAUGACCAGACCGUUCGGCAAUAGUGACAAACGGUUUUCAAUCGACGACGCUUUCGAAGAAGAGACUGAUGAAGCGAUUAAAGUUUACGGUGCAACGGGUGAUAGGUCUCCGCUGCAGAAUAAGUUGAAGAAUGGAGGAGACUUCUUGUCAAGUAAAACCUACAAAUGCACAGAAGACACCACAUCAAGAGACUCAGAUUCCCUCAUCCACGAGUAUGUGGAAGCAACACAGUCCAUGUACUGCUGGAACCACCCUAAAGUCCGGGAGAACUGGAAAACAGUCUUCGCUGCUGUCGUGCUCCUGUUAGUGGGAGUAGGCCUCCUCGGAAUGGGUGUCUUCGCUGUUGCUGAACCAGAAAACGGUCUACAGGGUGCGGUGUUCUUCGUAGCUGGCCUCAUAUGCUUCGUACCUGGUGCAUACCACGUCGUAUAUAUCUGGCAAGCCGCGAGAGGUCAAAGAGGGUAUGAUUUCUACCACUUACCGCUCUUCACAUGAUUUGGUGAGUUUAAAUCUUAGUUUUGGAGGUGUAAGUGACAGUAAUACGGACUCGGUGCUGCCGGUGGCUCUCUACGGAUGUACAGUCGCGUGCAUAAUGUGUUAACACUUGAAAAAUGUUCACGAUAUUAUUAUGUUUACAUAUUAUUGCUCGCCUUUUUAAGUUUAAGAUGACAGGUGCACGUGCUCUAUACUUAAUAUUUGUUUUUGAUCAGUAAAUGAGGAAACCGUUUUCUUUAAGAUGAAAAUCUAUAAUUCAUGGAUAUGCUGACAUAUUUAGAAGAAAAUAUUCACAAAAUAGUGUCUACAUCUGUAGCUUUUACUUUUAAAAAUAUACAAACCUAGGACAUGCAAGUUAAGCUCCAAAUAAGAACAAACUAAAUACUUUCUUUUCACAUAUUUUGACGUGUAUCCUAUUUAUAAAUAGAUUUAUUUUAAAUUCACGAAAAACAGAGCUGUUCGCAUUACAUGUUAUUCUCAUUAAUAUAGAUAUGAAAACGUUUAAUUACACGCUUUAACUGCUUUUCGUCGCGAUACCCGACGAAAAGUUUUCAAGACGAUUCCCGACAAUUUAUUAUAUUCGACUCGAGUGCGCCAGAGCGAGGGAUAUUUAUUUAGAAAAUUAUACCUACUUUAAGAAAAUGUAAAUAAGUUGUUGGAUAAAAUCUAAAGGAUAAACAGAAUAUGCAGUUGUUUACAUCAUCAAAUUAUUGUCUCGAAAUAAAUUAGGUAAAAUUUCGAAAAGGUUAAUGUACCUAUUACGACUACUACUAAGUGCCUAGAUGCAUAGGUAUAGUAAAAUUUCUAAACAUAAUUUACUCUUUAAUAUGAAUUUAGUUAAAUUGUAAUUGUAAUACCUCUUUCAACGCAAUUUAAUAAUAAAAUUAAAAAAAAAAUGUAAAGCUAUAAAUAAUUAUUUAUUACUUUUUUUUAUUUGAAUAUAAACAAUUAAUAAUUUUAUCUACUUUAAUGGCCAUCAAUUUGCAUUUAAUAUAUUAAUGUGUUUUCUCUAUAAUACAAUUUUAUUAUCACCAAUUGCCAAAUGUCAAAAUAUGUAUUGGAACAAAUUCUCCAAAGAUCGCCAGUAAUUGCAUUGCAAUAAGUGAUACCUUUACUGGUACAGUCAACAGCAUCUUAACCUACAUUAAUUCACUCAAAAAUUCGCCUCUGUUACCGCAAAAUAAAGUUCCAUGCAGGCUAACUUGAUAUGCGGUUGACUGUACUUACUAUAUAUACUUCUUUGUGUCAUAUGCCUUUUUUGCAACAGUUCAUAUUUGGCAGUUGGCAUGUUGAUAAAAAAAAAGUGAAAAUAAUUCAAAAUUUGUCACAUUUUUUAUGGUUUUGUUAUCAUAUUGCUGUGUUCAUACGCUAGAUUGCAUAUCAUUAUGUAACUAUUUGAAGUGAAAGAUAAGUCCUGCAUUGUUUGAGUGAGAAAUAUUACCUACCUUUAUAAUUACGAUGCUUUAUUUUGUAGCAUUCAUUUAUAUUAAGUACGAUAUUUAAUAAGUGUGUUAAAUUUAAAAGUAAUGUAUGUAGAUGAAUUACCUUCUGUUUAAUUGUAAAAAUAAUACAUCAGAUUCCCGCGGAACAAGAUAUAUAAAAUAGUUAGUAAUAAAGUUUCAAUAAUAAAAUAAAAAAAAUCUAGUCUGUCAGAUCAACAGUACCAAUAUAAGAAAAUGAAAAAAGUAAUUUUAUUUAUUAAAAAAUCCAGAUUCCAUAGAUAAAAAGCAAAAUUAUUAUAUACGGUCGAAAUAAAAAAAAAAACAGGCCAAGGAGUCUGACUCGCGCACGAAGGGUUCCCUGUCAUGAUCAAGUUUACUUAGAUACUUAAAUAUUUAUUUGUGAAAAUUUCAGCUUUCUAGCUAUGAUGACGGCCUGUUGACGGACAGACCCGCUUUUACCUUUUAGGUACGGAAAUUUAAACGUAUAUAUACUAUUCUAGAUGCUACAUAAAAAUGUAGCAGUAAUCUUAAUAUGGCCGUAUAUGUUAAAUUGUAUCCCAAAAUGAAUGGAAUGAAACUUAAAAUAAUUUAAGUUCGAAUCAUAAAGAAAAUGCCUUUAAUAUUGAUUAACCAUUUCCUGUUUAUAUUGAAAUGUCAGAAACAAGUUAAGCCAACUCCAACACCACAUAGGGUUAAUUCAAGGUGAACGAGACUCUAAUAUGAUUCAGUUUGUGAAUGCAGUCUGUGAUUUUAUAUAAUUAUCUUGACUUUAGCUGUGUAAGUUGGAAAAAAAAUUUACUGCGAUUCAAAAAAGUUGUUUAUGCAGAAACAACUUUUUUUAUAUUUGUCCAUAAACCUAAAGCCUGUUGCACAUAUAACUGGCAAAUAAGUAAGUAUGUUACAAGUCUUACAUUUUGGUUGUUCUUUAUUUUUAAAUCUUAAAUAUCCUUCCAAAAAUUAAUUUAUUUAUAAAAUAAAAUUUAAACAAAUAAAUUAUUUUAUUAGUAAUAUAGUGUUGAUCUCAGAAACACGUCUUAUUGACGCGGUAAAUAAUAACAAACAAAUACCUACCUAAUAAUGGCUAACUAAAUAUGCAUUAUUUAUUAUAUGAAAACCUAAAGGCUUAUAUUUACAUCUAAACUCUAAACAUCUAUUUUUUUCACAUAAAAGUUAGGUCAAACAUCAAAAUUAUUGACCCAAUAAAUUUAUUCGUAACAGACCAUUGUCUCAUGAAUGAAUCACUAAAUUGAUGAAUCAUUCUACCAUAUGUUUACUACACUGCGGUCAAUAGCUUCUACGAAAAAAUGUUCACAAGUUUUUAUAAUUAGAUGCAAAUAGCAAUAAUUGUAGUACAUGAAUCAUUUCAUAAACACAUUUUUUACAAUAAAAAAAAGAAAAAUAUCUUUAUGUAAUGUGGAUUUUUAAUGUGAUAUUUAUUUCACAUAAUUUGCACUAUACUAAAUUUAUGUACUAUGUCUUAAAAUUUUUAUUAUAAAUGUUGUGCAGAAGAAAACAGUCAGAUAUUCAUUAUCUUGACUCGAUAAAUACUAAUAAAGUACUUGGUUUGUUUUACUUUUCAUUAAAUAUUUGUGUUUUCUAGUGGCAUCAUUACGCAGAAUUGUAUUUGAAUAUCCAUUUUUUGCAGGUUUUCAAUUACUAAAAAUAUAAAAGUUACCUAUCGCUAAGAUUUUUUAUUUUUGUAUGUAAUACAGGGACUGAUUUUGUUUGUAUGUACUAUAUCUAUAAAUGGGUGGUCAGACUGGUGCAGGCUGUAAAUACAGUCUUGAAUGUUCCUUGUCCUUUGUCUACCUGUAUCGGUCUGUACCAACCUUAUCUUUGUGUUAUGGCAUGUUGUAAAUAUUUGCUGAAUAAAUAGCCUAUUCAUAGA